AUGCCAGAAGUUUUCAGAUAUGGGAUACCAGAAACCAUUACUACUGAUCAAGGAUCAGUCUUCACUGGUCGAAAAAUGAAAGAGUUUGCAAAAGAAACAGGUUUCAAGUUGUUGACUUCGACCCCAUACUAUGUCCAGGCCAAUGGACAAGUCGAAGCUGCUAAUAAAUUUAUCAUAAAUUUAAUAAAGAAGCAUGUGGGAAGGAAGCCAAAAAGCUGGCAUCAGACACUUGAUCAAAUUUUACAAGCCUGUCGAACUUCCCCAAAAGAGGCAACAAAUACUACUCCAUUUCGUCUAACUUUUGGACAUGAUGCAGUUUUUCCUGUUGAAAUUUGUCUGCAAUCAGUAAGGAUUCAAAGACAAAAUGAUAUGGCCAUAGAUGAAUAUUGGAAUUUGAUGUUAGAUGAGUUGGUUGAAUUAGACGAAGAAAGGUUAAUAGCUUUAGACAGACUGAUAAAGCAAAAAGAGAAAGUGGCGAACGCUUAUAAUAAGAAAGUGAAAACAAAGAUGUUUGCUUUAGAUGAUUAUGUUUGGAAAGUCAUUUUACCUAUGGAUCAAAAAUACAAGUCCUUAGGAAAAUGGUCACCUUAUUGGGAAGGACUAUUUAAAAUUGUGCAAGUCUUCACAAAUAAUGCAUAUGAAAUUAAGGAGUUAAGUGAGGAUUGUCGAAUCCUGAGGAUAAAUGGUAAAUAUUUAAAAAAAUAUAAGCCAAUACUUCAGGAAAUAACAAUUGAAACUUAG